GACGGCGGCGCCGCCUUCACCGUCAACACCUGGGAGAGGAAGGAAGGCGGUGGUGGCAUCAGCUGCGUGCUCCAGGACGGCCACAUCUUUGAGAAGGCGGGUGUCAACGUGUCCGUGGUGUUAGGGCACCUUUCCGUAGAGGCCAUGCAACAGAUGAAAAGCAGGAAAACUCUGAAGGACAAAGAUGGGAAACUGCCUUUUUGUGCUAUGGGUGUAAGUUCUGUUAUCCAUCCAAAGAAUCCUCAUGUUCCAACUGUGCACUUCAACUACAGAUACUUUGAAAUUGAGGAAGCAGAUGGGACUAAACAGUGGUGGUUUGGUGGUGGAACUGACCUCACUCCAACCUAUUUGAACAACGAGGAUGCUGUACAUUUUCACAAGACUCUGAAAGAAGCUUGUGAUAAGCAUGAUCCAAAGCUGUAUCCCAAGUACAAGAAAUGGUGCGAUGACUACUUCUAUAUCAAGCAUCGUGGUGAGCGAAGAGGGAUUGGAGGCAUAUUCUUUGAUGACCUGGACUCUCCCUCCAAAGAGGAAGUAUUCCAGUUUGUGCAGAGUUGUGCCAAAGCCAUCGUGCCUUGUUACAUUCCCAUUGUGAAGAAUCACUGCCAUGACCCCUUCACGCCAGAGGAAAAGCUAUGGCAGCAGCUUCGCAGGGGGCGGUAUGUGGAGUUCAACUUGGUUUACGACAGAGGUACAAAGUUUGGCCUAGCAACACCAGGAUCAAGAAUUGAAAGCGUUCUUAUGUCUCUACCACUGACUGCAAGGUGGGAAUACAUGCACACCCCGCCAGAGAACUCAAGAGAAGCAGAAAUCCUGGAAGUCCUGCGCAAUCCCAAAGACUGGGUGCACUGAAGCGUAUCACGAAGAAGAACGGAUCACUUAGCCAAUAAGAACAUCCACAAACCAGCUCAUUCAAAUGCCAUGCAAUGGCAGUUUGAAGAUAGCUGUUUAUACCCUGAUCUGGUGCCUUAAGAAUGCUGUAGACUUGUCAUAACUUGAAAAUAUGUUAAGUAAAUCUUUAAGAGCCGUUUGAUGAGCUCAUGUUGCUAUUGCCCCCUGUUGAUGUUGCCUUGUGAAGGACUGGUGAUGCGCGCACAGGACUCGUGUGCAUGUUCCAAGAACUUCCCCAAUGGAUCUGUCUGACUGCAAAAUGAUGAACUACUGUGAAGUGUUCUCAAGUGAAAUGAAAGCAUUUUUUGCGCCGAAAAGAGCGCUUUUUCCAAAAUAUGUGCUGAAUGGUACUGCUUACUCUUAGAAAAAGAUAGGAUGAUUUGGAAAUAUAUAUAUAUUUUUUUAAAAGAAUAAAGGGUGUAUUUGGUAUGA